GGGUUUGAUUGGCUAGAAAUGCUUCCUUUGCGUUUCAGGGAGUACCCACAAAGCCAGGGCGUAGCGCGGGAGAGGAGCGGGGCCGGGGGACGCGGAUGCUAGUCCUCCUAGGUUUAUCUUGUGACCGAAGCGGCUCCUUCUUCCCAGCUCUGAGAACUUCAGUGGCUGCGAUGUUCGUCUUACCCACUGUGUUCCUGCUUUUGGCGCUUCGCGCCUUCUCCCUGGCUGAGCCGGUGUCUUUCAAGGACUGCGGUUCUGGGGUUGGAGUUAUAAAGGAAGUGAAUGUGAACCCAUGCCCCACCCAGCCCUGCCAUCUGCACAAAGGACAGUCUUACACUGUCAAUGUCACGUUCACCAGUAAUACUCAGUCUCAAAGUAGCAAGGCUGUGGUACAUGGCAUCGUGUUGGGUGUCCCAGUUCCCUUUCCCAUUCCUGAGCCUGAUGGUUGUAAAAGCGGAAUCAAUUGCCCCAUGGAAAAAGACAAGACCUAUAGUUACGUGAAUAAACUACCAGUGAAGAGUGAAUACCCCUCUAUAAGACUGGUGGUGAAGUGGGAACUUCUUGAUGACAGAAAGCAAAAUUUCUUCUGCUGGGAAAUCCCAAUAGAGAUUGAAGGCUAGAGCUGUUUGAUACCACGGAGGACAGUUUCUGAACCACAUCCAUCUGGCUGGGAUAUUACUUCUGCAAGUCCCUCAUCUCCAAGUGCCCCGCCGAGUUGAGUGCAUCUGGCCAACAAGCCUGCUGGCUCCUGACAGCACCUCCAGCGCCCCCUGUUUCUACUGUAACUCGCCUUGCCCUCCAGGGGUACCCAGCAUGUCAGUGGAAGGGAAAUACUCUGCGAGAGAAAUUCAACUCUGAUAGCUGGUUCUCUGUGGCUAUCUCAUGUCUCCUUUUCUGUCUUAGGUACUUUUCAUUAAAUGGAGCACUUGAUGAGCAGA